GCUGUUUGUUUCGCUAAAACAAAACGCAUAUUGCCACAUUUUGACUUGCAAAUCUAAAACUAAUUGCAUAGACUUCCACGAGGACAAUUCAAACUAAACUAAAAUAGCAACUAAAUAGUUCGAAAACCAGCGAAAAUGCCCGCGGACACUAUGACCAAGCAAGUUCAAGAUUACAAAGAUUCUCUUAUUAAGAAGGCUGAACAACUUAUUAUUCAGGGUUUUCCAGAAAAGAUUGUUGAAUUAAAUGAGAUUCUUGCUACACCUAUGUUUAGUGAACGUAACUUCAACGAAGUGCAUGCCGAUCUUAACAUUCCAACGCCAGAUCCUGUUUUGGUGAACAAUCACGCCGAGGCGGCUGAAGAUGGUGGUGACGCCGAUCAGCCGGCGGCAAAAAGACCACGCGUUGAUCACUUUGUGCCUGGCACCAAAGUUAUGUGCUUGCCUACCGGUAAGGUACCUUGCAAUGAGCCACUCUGCGAGAUCAUCAAAAUCGUUAAACCAAUCAUACGCAAACUUGUAGAAGAUUCCAAUUUGUUAAAAAUGUGGAUUUCAUUUUUAAUACCGAAAAUAGAGGACGGCAACAACUUUGGCGUAUCUGUGCAAGAAGAUACACUUGCUGAAAUACAAGCAGUAGAAUCUGAAGCAGCUGCAUUCUUCGACCAAAUUUCACGUUAUUUUCUGUCCCGUGCCAAAGUCGUUUCGAAAGUGGCCAAAUAUCCACAUAUCGAAGAUUACCGGCGUGCGGUGAUGGAGUUGGACGAAAAGGAGUACUUAAGCUUGUGGUUGGUUGUAUGUGAGGUGCGAAAUCGUUAUUCAUCUCUGCAUGAUAUAGUCAUAAAGAACUUGGAGAAACUGAAGAAGCCACGUUCAUCUAAUGCCGAUAGCUUAUAUUAAUCAAAGGCAAAGCAGACAAAAGCUAACGUAUUACAUCCACAAAUUAGAAAAAAAUAAAAAUAAAAUAAAAGCAUGGAGGCAUGCGAAAUAGUGUAACAGUUGCGAACAGGAUUGAAGAUGUGUCAAAGUGCAGCAUCAGGUAUUGAAGGAUUUAACUGUCGGCAAACAUUUGGUAGAAAUUGGGGUUUAGCAGAAAAAUAUGCAAUACGCGAUGACACUGCUUGAAAUACCUGGAAACAUUAAAAAAAAUCAGCUCUAUAAAACAGUUAUUAUCAUAAUGCUUGAAUUUAGUCAUGGAAAGAUGUGGAAUGUGACGUUAAAAUAUUGGUUAAUUCCACAUAUUUUGAUUGUUCUAUUAUAUAUUUUUUUGUGUGUAAAUUUUGCCCUAAUUUUUGCAAACAAUCUAGAUACAUACGCGCAUACCAUCAUACAUACGAUGAAAAAACGAGUAAAUAAAAAAUCGAAUUUUACAAAA